AUGAAUUUAAUGAGAAGUUACACUCAAGUGAAGCACAUCCCAAACAUCCCAAGAAGUGUGUUGUGGAGACUGAGUGUCCAAUUGGGGCGACAGUUGAGCACAAGUUGUGAGCGAAGGGCCAAACUAUGCGCGGAUGUGAUGGAGGCGGUGGGGGGUGUGAGGGACGGGUCGCGAGUGUUUGUCGGGGGGUUCGGUCUCUGCGGGAUUCCCGAGAACUGCAUCUCAGCUCUGGUGAGUCGAGGGGUGCGGGACUUGACGGUCAUCAGCAACAACGCCGGCGUCGAAGACUUCGGACUCGGAUUACUGUUGAGAACCAAACAAAUCAAACGAAUGGUGUCUUCAUAUGUGGGCGAAAACAAGGAGUUUGCCAAACAAUACCUGUCCGGAGAACUGGAGCUCGAGUUCGUACCGCAGGGAACACUCGCGGAGAGGAUUCGGGCCAAAGGGGCAGGAAUUCCCGCCUUCUUCACCCCCACCGGUCACCAGACUUUGAUCCAUUUGGGAGGAACUCCUGUUAAAUACAAUUCCGACCAAACGGUUGCCAUUUAUAGCGCACCCAAAGAGGAUAGGGUAUUCAACGGGAAGUCAUAUGUAUUGGAAGAGGCAAUGAGUGCCGACUUUGCAUUAGUGAAGGCCUGGAAGGCCGACAAAGCGGGUAAUCUGGUGUUCCGGAAGACUGCCUCCAACUUCAACCCCUCGAUGUGCAAAGCGGCCGACUUUUCCAUCGUUGAGGUCGAGGAGAUUGUAGAGGUCGGCGAAAUACCUUCAGAUCAGAUCCAAGUGCCAGCCAUUUAUGUGAACAACUUUUUUAAAGGCAAACAAUUUCUUAAGAAAAUAGAGAAAACAGUUUUGCGAACAAAUGAAAAUCAGACAACGAAUGCAAAUAUCAAUGAAAAGAAAUUAAAAGCGAUUCGUUUGAGGGAAAGGAUUGCAAAGAGAGCUGCACUCGAGUUAACAGACGGAAUGUAUGUCAACUUAGGGGUCGGUAUUCCAGUUCUGGUCACUCAGUACUGUUCAGAUAAAAUCAAUUUUCACAGUGAAAACGGAAUUAUCGGUAUGGGUCCCUAUCCCGAAGCCCAUGAAGUGGACGCCGACCUAAUAAAUGCAGGAAAGGAAACGGUGACAGCACUGCCCGGUUCCUCAUUCUUUCCUUCCGAUGAAUCAUUUGCUUUAAUACGUGGCGGACAUCUCGACGUAACCAUGUUGGGGGCCAUGCAGGUGUCGGCAGAGGGAGAUUUAGCCAAUUGGAUGAUUCCCGGGAGUAUGGGUGGAGCCAUGGACUUAGUAUUUUCACACAUUGCGGGCACUCGAGUGGUGGUGACAAUGGAGCACAACAGCAAAAACGGCGAAUCAAAGAUUGUUAAGUCGUGUACACUGCCGGUGACCGGUCGGCGUUGUGUUGAUUUGAUAAUCACUGAAAAGGCGGUCUUCCGAGUGGAUGACGGACUCACUCUUAUAGAAAAAGCGGAUGAAAUCAGUUUAGAUGAACUCCGCAAAUGUACGGACUCUGAAUUCAAAGUAUCGCCCGAUUUGAAGUCAAUUCAACAGAUUUAAUUGAUUUCAAUAUUAAGUUUACGUUUACAUGAUUGAUAUUUAUAAUUAAUUGGAAUUUAUAUAAAUUCUAAAACAAAAAAAGUAAACCAAAAGAAGACUGACUAACGUAACCAUUAAAUCAAUCAUUUGAUAUACAAAUCGCGUACAAAAUAUCCUCCAAACCAUGAUAUCAUUUCUCAUCAAAGCCGCCGACAAGGAAACGCAAAAUAGC